UAGUUCUCAUCCUGUGAGGCGAUGGCUUCGCUUUGUAGAACAGCGAUGGCGGGUGCUAGGUCUGCUGCAUUUCGUUCCCGAAAUUUAGUCCCUAAAACCCUUUCACCCAAACCUACCAUGAAUUCCACCUCCCUUCCUUCCAUAGGAACCAAUCCUCGUGCUUCAAGGAUGGUUAUGGCGUUAGGAAGCGUGGAGUCUCUGAUGCCACUUCACAGUGCCAUCGCUUCUACUCGUCUCGUAUCCAUCAUCGCCGUUGACUCAAGCUGCUGGAGUUGGCUCUCUCAAGGACUUGCAUUGCCGUUGUGACAAGGCCCUCUGGUUCUAUCUGGGCAAUAAAUGCAUCUCAGUUUUCUCAAUCAAUUUGGAAUUGGAAAAAGUCCAUCAAGCCUAGGAUUUCUGGACAUCUUAUUAAGAAACUAUUGCCUCUUACUUUUAUUGAGAGAAUAUUUGCUGUUCAACUC